AUGCUGCGGUACCUGCUGAAGACGCUGCUGCAGAUGAACCUGUUCGCCGACUCGCUGGGGGCCGAGGGCUCCAACUCCUCGCAGCUCCUGCUCGGCAUCAACCGCACCAUCGCCGCGCUCCACCUCCCCGGCCUCACCCCCGGCAACGGCUCCCACCCUCAGCUGGAGGACACGGCCCCCCGUAUCGUGGAGCACCCCACCGAUCUCCUGGUCUCCAAGGGAGAACCGGCCACUUUGAGCUGCAAAGCUGAAGGUCGCCCGGCCCCGGCGGUGGAGUGGUACAAAGAUGGGGAGCGGGUGGAGACGGACCGGGAGGACCCCCGCUCCCACCGCACCCUCCUGCCGGGGGGGUCCCUCUUCUUCCUCCGCAUCCUCCACGGCCGGCGGGGCAAACCCGACGAGGGGGUCUACGUCUGCGUGGCCAGGAAUUACCUGGGGGAGGCCACCAGCAGGAACGCCUCCUUGGAGGUGGCCGUGCUGCGGGACGAUUUCCGGCAGCCCCCCGGGGACGUGGCGGUGGCGGCGGGCGAACCCGCCGUCCUGGAGUGCGUCCCCCCCCGCGGCCACCCCGAACCCAGCGUCUCCUGGAAGAAGAACGGCGCCCGGCUCAGCGACAAGGACGAGCGCCUGACGAUCCGUGGUGGGAAGCUGAUGUUGGCCAGUGCCCGCAAGAGCGACGCCGGCGUCUACGUCUGCGUGGCCACCAACGUGGUGGGGGAGAGGGACAGCGAGCCGGCCGAGCUGGUGGUCUUUGAGCGCCCGGCGUUCGGCAAGAGGCCUCUCAACCAAGCGGUGCUGGUGGAGGGGACGGCGGAGUUUCCCUGCGAGGCGGUGGGGGACCCCCGGCCGGCGGCUCGAUGGCGCAAGGAGGAGGGCGAGAUGCCGCCGGGAAGGUGGGAGGUGCUGCCCGACAACACCCUACGGAUCAUCCGGCUGCGGGCGGAGGACGAGGGCACCUACACCUGCGUGGCCGACAACAGCGUGGGCCGGUCGGAGGCGUCGGGCACCCUCACCGUGCACGUGCCCCCCCAGCUUGUCACCGGGCCCCGGGACCAGACUGUAACCCCCGGCCAGAGCGUGACCUUCCAGUGCCGGAGCAAGGGCAACCCGCCACCCGCCGUCUUUUGGCAGAAGGAGGGUAGCCAGACCCUGCUGUUCCCCGGUCAGCCCCCGCACCCCACCAGCCGCUUUUCGGUCAGCCCCGCCGGCGCCAUCACCAUUGCCGACGUGCAGCCCGCCGACGCCGGUUAUUACCUGUGCCAGGCCAUCAGCGUGGCCGGCAGCGUCCUGGCCAAGGCACGGUUGGAGGUGGAAGAGGUGCCGGCUGAUGACCGACCGCCGGUGAUCCGCCGGGGUCCUGCUAACCGGACGGUGCUGCCGGUGGGGGCCACGGCACAGUUGCCGUGCUGGGUGGGGGGCGGUGACCCCCCGGCCAGCGUGGGGUGGCUGAAGGACGGGAGCGCCCUGGUGGGUGCCCAGCCCCGUGCCAGCUUGCUGGAGAACGGCACCCUACGGAUCACCGGCCUCCGGGUGACGGACUCCGGGCACUACGAGUGCGUGGCCACCAGCUCGGCGGGCGAGACACGCUGGGGUGGCUCCCUGGAGGUGCAAGAUGACAGAUCCAGCCUCUCCUUGCCGUCCCCUGAGCCCGGUGUCCUCCCUGGGCCACCCUCCACCCCCGUGGUCACCAACGUCACCAAAAGCAGUGUCACCCUGAGCUGGAAGGGGAACGAGGACAGCGGUGCCACCGAUGUCACCUCCUACAUCGUGGAGGCUUUCAGCCAGGCGGCCGGUGGCCCAUGGAAGACGGUGGCGGCUGACGUGGAGGGUGAGACCCACACGGUGAGCGGCCUCGUCCCCGACACUGUCUACCUCUUCUUGGUGCGGGCGGUCAACGCCUACGGGCUCAGCGACCCCAGCGGCGUCUCGGAGCCCGUGCGCACCCAAGGUGAGACCCUCCCCACGCAGCAAGGGCUGGACCCCGAGCAGGUGCAGCGGGAGCUGGCGCAAGUGGCCGUGUACCUGCAAGAACCCGUGGUGCUGCCGCCAGGCUCCGUCCGCCUCUCCUGGACUGUGGAGCGCCAAGCACCCUUCCUUCAGGGCUACCGGGUGCUGUACCGGCGGCGCGGCGGGCGCUGGGAGGAGGCGCGGGCGGUGCAGGCACCGGGGGAGCGGGGGGCCCUGCUCACGGAGCUGCGCCGGGGCCAGGACUAUGAGGUCAAGGUCCGACCCUACUUCCAUCACCUCCACGGCCCUGACAGCGCCGUGCGAGCCCUGCGCACCCCCGAGGCGGCCCCCAGCGCCCCACCGCGAGCCGUCAGCGUGGCCGGUAACGGCACCAGUGUCCGCAUCUCAUGGCAGCCACCGCCGGCAGCCGAGCAGAACGGUGUCAUCCGUGAUUACCGGAUCUGGUGCUUGGGCAACGAGAGCCGCUUCCACAUCAACCAGAGUGUGGAGGGGACGGUGCUGGCAACGGUGCUGCGGGGACUGGUUCCCGGCGUCCCUUACCGUGCCGAAGUCGCUGCUGCCACCGGCGCUGGCGUGGGUGCCCGCAGCGCACCGAUCCCCAUCCGCAUCGGUGAGUCACUCGUCACCACCGCCACACCCAUGGGUUGCGGGGUGGAAGGGUUCACCCCGGUGCUGGGGACCGCUCCUCGGCACCCCUGCCGCGGUGUCCCCUUCCUUCCCAUGUCACUUGCAGCCCCCCCGGCAGAGCGGGACGCGGGGCCGGCAGGCGGGAGCAGCGUGGCCGAACGUUUGGCCGAGGUGGCCAGGCAGCCGGCCUUCAUCGCCGGUGUCGGCGGUGCUUGCUGGGUCAUCCUUGCCGCCUUCGCCGCUUGGCUCUACGGCCGCCGUCGGAGGAAGAAGGAGCUGAGCCACUUCACCGCAUCCUUCGCCUAUACGCCCACCGGUAAGCCUAUAGGUGCCCCGGGGCCCCGGCGCGGCCCCUCGCCACCCUCACCCCCACCUCUUUCCGCAGUCGCCUUCCCAGCUCCGGUGCGCGGCAGCCCCAGGGCAGCCGCUGGCGGUGGUUACCCGUGGCUGGCGGACGCGUGGCGCGGCAGCGGCGGUGCAGCUGGGGGCACUGGUUGCUUGGGGGCCACUGAGAGAUACUACAACGACACUGGCAUCACCCGUUACAUCACGCAGACGGAACAAUUUGGGGUGGGGGCCAGCGAGGGGCCGGUUUACAGCACCAUCGAGGUGGGCGGCGAGGAGCUCCACACCUUCCCCCGUCCCUUCUCGCAGCAUGGGACUCCCUACGCCGGGGGGGUUCCCCAGCCGAUGGAUGCCCCGGCCCCCCAGGUGCCCCGUGGCCGGGCAGAGCACGGGGCCAAAGGGAAGAAGCUGGGGCAAGCAGUGAAACCGCCGGCGGUGAGCUGGACGGAGCUGCUGCCCCCACCACCCUCGGCCAGCGAGCUCAGCCAGUGCGCCCAGGAGGAAGAAGAGGAGGAUGAAGAGGAAGAAGCAGCUGGCGGGUUGGGGACGGAGGAGUGGUACCCUGGUGAGGAUGUCCACUGUGCCACUGCCGCAUCCUCGCCCGCCGCCUCCUCCGGCUGCCGGUCCACCGCCACGCUGACGCCAUCACCCCGCGCCGCCGAGGACAUCCCCCGUCUCCGUGACUUCGAUAGCCCCCGCCUGCCCCGGAGACCCCCCCAUGGCGCCGGCACCCCUCCGCGGGCACCCAGCCCCUCUCUGAGUCCAGAUGCGGGCGAGGGCCACCCGCCCCGAGCCCGCCGCCCCCCUGGCACAGGGAAAACCCGCGGGGAGACCCCAAAAAGUCGCCCGAAGCCCAAAUGCAGCCGCUACCGCCGGGAAAAGCAGCCAGGAGAUCUGCCACCACCGCCGCUGCCGCCACCGGGCGAGACCCCCGGCCCCUCGCCGGAGAGGGAGUCGAGUGGGGCCGAGCGCAAGGUCACCCAUCGCCCGCCCCGUGGCGACGAGGUCAUCCCGUACGGCAAACCCUCCUGCCUGUCCCGGGGUCAGGCAUCCGGCAGCUGCUCCACGACGGGCAGCGUCUCGUCCCGUGGCUCCACUGGCUCCCGUGGCCAUGGCUCGGGGCGCAGCCAGACGUCGGGGGACCGCGGCGAAGGGACCGGCCAUCGCCGCCGCCCGGGUCCCCCAUUUCCUUGCCCGUCACAGGAGAAGCGAUGA